GAUGCUUCCAGAUGGUUUGAGUGGCAUUUGUACUCUUCGGAAACUGAAGAUUUCUAAAAUGCCGGAAAUGGGGAAGAGGGUAUCGGCAUCAGGAGAGGAUUUCCACAAAGUCAGCCAUGUCCCUUCAAUUAUCAUCAAAAACUAUUGAUGAUGACUAACUAAUCUAGUCUCCACCCGGAUGGAUUGAGCGGCAUGUCUACUCUUCGGAAACUGAAAAUCUAUGGAAUGGCGGAAUUGGGAAAGAGGGUAUCAGCAUCGGGAGAGGAUUUCCACAAAGUCAGCCAUGUCCCUUCAAUUAUCAUUCUUCACUAAUGACUAGUCUAGUCUCCACCCGGGGUACUUUCCUCCCCCCUUCGAGCUACAGUCUUGUUUCGUUUCUCUUUAAUUACUUGCACUCUUUUCUAUGCAACCUUGUUUCGCUUUAAUCACUUAUUUUGAAAUAAAUGUGUAUAUACUUCUUUUGUAUGCGGCUCCAAGGCUGAAAUCUGUUUGAUUUUGAUGAUUCUGCGCAAUAAUGCUUAGUUCCAUAUGUAGCUGUUUUGGUGAGAUUCGACUCUGAAGAUUUAAGCUAUAUAAUUCUGUUCUUGAAUUGUGAUUUUUGUUGCUUGGUUGUUGAUGGUUUAAUUUACCAUUGAUUAAGCAAGAAAAAAUGGGUUAUAUAUGUUGAAGGGUUUGAAGCUGCUUUAGUUGGACUCUUUUCCGGCCAACAUAUAGAGAAUUGUAUUCAAAUUCAUGUUGUGUUUGAAUUGAAUUAAUUGUUUGUAAUUAAUGUUUCAAAAUUUUCAACUCAAUCUAUUAAUUUUAGACAGGAAAAAAAAAAAAACAAGGGAAAUGGUCAGUUGAAGAGAGAGGGCGAACAAUAGACUCAAUUUUCCAUGUCAAGACUGAUAAUAAAAAGAAACAUAAAAUUCUUAAUAAUGCCAAUUCAGCACGGGUUGUCAACCUGAGCGCCGUGGCCAUGGCGCUCAGCAGCGCUCUCAUAUGCAGGGUUGCAUUCGGGAAGAGAUACGACGAGCUUGGCUCGGAGAUGAGGAGAUUCGACAGGCUCUCUCGCGAGGCGCAAGAGCUCAUGGCAACUUUCUACGAGGAGCUCAUCGAGGAGCACCAGAAUCGUCUGGAGAGGGCGGCGGGGGAGGAUGAAGAUGUUCUUGGUGUUUUGAUCAAGCUUAAAGAGGAGAAUUCUUCUUCUGUUGAACUUGGAUGGGAUCAGAUCAAAGCGUUACUAAUGAAUAUUUUUAUUGCUGCAACUGAUACGACGACUGUCUCAAUCGUUUGGACGAUGACGGCACUAAUGAAAGCGCCAACCGUGAUGAAAAAAGUACAAGCAGAAAUCAGAAAUUUGAUAGGUGAAAAGGGUAAAUUAGAUGAAGGUGAUUUGCCCAACCUUCCCUAUUUGAAAGCAGUGAUUAAGGAGACAUUGAGGUUGUACCCUCCAGCUCCACUACUUGUACCAAGACAAACAAUAGAAAAAUGCACUCUAGUGGGAUACGAGAUUCAACCUAAUACAGUGGUUUUUGUUAACGCGUGGGCGGUUGCAAGAGAUCCGAAGUACUGGGAAAAUCCAGACGAGUUCAUGCCUGAGAAGUUCUUGAAUAGCAAUAUUCAUGAUAUCACGGGGCAAGACUUCGGGGCGAUCCCAUUUGGAUCAGGACGAAGAAUUUGCCCUGGGAUGUCUAUGGGACUUGCAAACGUGGAGCUCACGGUUGCAAGUCUUCUCUACAAUUUCGACUGGGAAAUGCCUGAAGGGAUCAAAGCUCAAGAUAUCGAUACUGAUACCGUACCUGGAAUCACUAUGCAUAAGAAAAACCCUCUCAUCCUUGUAGCUAGAGACUAUGUUGCUUAGUUUGAAGCCCCUUUUUUUAAAAAGAGGAUUAAUAAGGUUUUUUCAUUUUCCCCUGUGAUGACUCAAAUUCUCAACUAUUACGAUUGAAGGAGGAGCUUCUUACCAAAUGAGUUACACUUUAUUGUUUUUUAAGUUUGAA